AUGCUGUCGCUGAGCGAGCAGCGGCGCAGCCUGGCGGAGCAGCUGGAGGAGGCCGGCGGGGAGCGCGCGCGCCUGCAGCUGGCGCUGUCUGCCGGCGGCUGGCGGCGGGGGCUCUUCUGCGCGCCCCUCGCCGGCCUGGGGCCCUCCGCAGAGGAGGCCUCGCGCCGCAUCCUGCACCACUGCGGCCGCAACAAGCAGCUGGCGCGCGACCUGCGGGAAGCAGAGCGCCGGCUGGAGCGUGCAGAGUGCGGGCUGCUGCGCGUGCAGGAGAACCUGGCCUUGGCGUCGCGACGCGUCGACCAGAAACGGAGCGACGCCCGGCAGGUGGCGCGCCUGGCGGCCGAGCUUCGCGCCGCCGCCGCAGACACGGAUGCGGCGCUGGCGGAAGCCCGACGCAAGAGGCGCGCGCUCUCCAAGCGGCUGCGGCACACCAACAGGGCCGUGGAACGAGCGUUGGUGCCAGAUGAGCAUUUGGUAUCGGCUUUCCAGCCACCGACGCCAGGGCACGCCUCUGCCUACAAAGCCUUACAGCUACGCGUGAAGUUGCUGGAUCUGGAACAGCAGCUGGAGAAACAACACCGUGAGGGCGGCCGCCUUCCUUGCAGCAUACAGGACAUCCCGAGGCACGAGGAGGCGCAGGUCGGGAGUCUGCUCCAGCUGCAAGACGACCUCCAGCAGCAACAGCUGCUGGCAGACGCCAAGGCGCGCGCCUGCCAGGAGGCGCAGCUGCGGGUCCAGCACCUACACCUCCAGAUGGCUCAGAUAGCAGCAGCGGCGCGGGAGCGGCUGGACUCGAGGCUCCCUCUGAUGGAAGGUCUGGAGGCGGCGUGGCAGGGGGAGCGGCGCGAGCACGCGGCCCGCCUGCAGCAGAUGGCGGAGCACGAGGAGGCGUGCGCCGUGGCCGAGGGCGUGCUGGACACGGCGCUCAGCCACAGCGCCUCCACCGCCCGCGCCGUCAGCGACGAGCUGCAGCGCUACGAGAGCCAGGUCAGCGCGCUCUCCUCCGUCGCCGAGACGCUGCUCGCCGCGCGCCAGUGGAAGAACCUGUGGCUGCGGCUGCGGGAGGCGGAGGCGCGCAGCCGCCAGAUCCACACCAACCUGCAGGCCGACCGCCGCCUCGCCGCCGCCCUCGACGCGCGCCUCCACCUCUGCCAGCAGCACAAGGCCUCCUCCUCGAUUUCGCUGGGCGGAGAGGCGACGACGGUGCGCGCCGAGUUCCUGGAGGCGGAGGCGCGCGACGUGCGCGUGUCGGUGGCGCAGGCGGCGGAGGACACGGCGCGCCUCGAGGUGGUGUGCGCGCGGGAGACGGAGCGCGUGCGCCUGCUGUACGAGCACGCCAUCGGCAUCCCGCUCUGCGACCCGGACGCACAGGGCAGCGCCGCCGCCGCCGCCGCCGCCGCUGCCGCCGCCUUCGGCGAGGGCCGCAUCUCACUAUAA